AUGGAUGAAACGAAACAUGGCAGCUCCGAAGCCUCACUUCAUUUGGAAAAUGCUACUCCUACGCAGGCAUCGCUGGGUCUCCCAAGACACCACCCUUCGUCUGAGUCUCCCAGUAACCCACGAAACUGGCCGUUGUGGAAGAAAAAUGCACAAAUCCUGAUGGUUGCUUUCCACUCUAUGAUGGGCACGUUCAUGGCAGCGGGAAUCAUUCCGGCAUAUGACGCUCUUGCUGAGCUGUACGGCAUCACUGUUCCUCAAGCAAGCUACUUGACCUCAAUCCAGAUUUUGAUGCUUGGCCUGUCCCCUCUCAUUUGGAAUCCGAUCACGGCGACAUAUGGACGAUACAACGUUAGCCUUCUUUCUGUUCUAGGAAGUUUGGUUUGCAAUAUCGGGGGUGCUCGGUGCACGUCCUACGGUGGUCAGAUGACAACGCGUAUUUUGACAGCUUUUCUUAUCUCGCCUCCUAUUGGCAUUGGAAGUGGUGUCAUUACCGAACUCUGCGAGCUAGAAGAACGAGGAACGAAGCUGGGUUGGUGGGUGCUUUUGACAACAAUAGGCACACCAGUUGGCCCAUUAACAAUGGGAUUUGUAACACAACAUAUUGGGGUAGAAUGGAUAUUUUGGAUUUUCGCCAUUGUUAAUUUUGUCCAAUUCAUAUUCUAUCUCGCACUAGGGGACGAAACAAUAUACCAUGAAGAAAACGAAACUGAAGACUCUUCGUUCUGGGCCAAAAUGAAGUUUCGGAAAAGAGGUACUAAGACGAUAUCAUAUGCUGAUAUAGUGGCUCCUUUUUCAUUGGUCAAGUGCCCACGAGUGCUAGUGGCUGCCUUCGCUCUUGCCAUCACUUUCUGUUAUGGAAACAUCGCGCUCAUAGUGGAAAUGCCCAUAGCAUUUGGUAAAAGAUUCAAUUUUAAUGCUCAGCAAAUCGGACUGCAGUUUAUUGCUAUUGUCAUCGGGUGCGUUCUUGGUGAGCAGGUCAGUGGCCCAGGAUCUGACUGGUUUCUACGACGAGUCCGACAGAUAAAAGGAUAUUAUCAUCCCGCAGAUCGCCUAUGGUUUACAUAUAUUGCCUUUUCCACUGUCAUUUCCGGUCUGCUUACUUGGGGAUAUCAACUUCAACAUGCAACGAAUUGGAACAUAACUCCAUGUAUCGGCGCAGCGAUCGCAUCGUUCGGUUGCCAAUCAUUGACAGCACUCUUGUGA